GGAACAACACAAAACUAACCAAAAUGGAUUUCUAUUACUCGCCCCGUGGAAGUGGAUGCCGAACAGUGAUUAUGGUGGCCAAGGCCUUGGGCCUAGAGCUAAACAAGAAGCUAGUGAACACCAUGGAUGGGGAUCAAUUGAAACCGGAGUUCGUUAAGCUUAAUCCCCAGCACACAAUUCCCACUCUGGUGGAUAAUGGAUUCUCCGUUUGGGAGUCGCGUGCGAUCGCCGUGUAUUUGAUUGAACAAUACGGCAAGGAUGACUCGCUAUUCCCCAAGGAUCCUAAGAAGCAGGCUCUGGUCAACCAGCGACUUAACUUCGACAUGGGAACUUUGUACGAUAGCUUCGCUAGGUACUACUACCCGCUCUUCCGCACUGGCAAGCCAGGAUCCGACGAGGACUUCAAGAAGAUCGCUACCUCCUUCGAGUACCUGAAUAUCUUCCUCGAAGGCCAGGACUAUGUGGCCGGAGACCAGCUCACCGUGGCCGACAUCGCCAUCCUGGCCACCGUCUCUACGUUCGAAAUCUUUGAUUUUGACCUCAGCAAAUAUCCAAAUGUGGCCAGGUGGUACGCAAAUGCCAAGAAGGUGACUGCCGGAUGGGACGAGAACUGGAGUGGCCUCUUGGAAUUGAAGGCAUCAGGCGGAUUUAUAACUCUUCUCACGAUGGAUCUUUACAAUAUGUCUGGUUCGCCGAGCACGCGUGCUGUUAUGAUGACCGCCAAAGCUGUGGGAGUCGAACUCAACUCGAUACAAGUCAAUACCUUCGUGGGGGAGCAACUGAAGCCGGAGUUUGUGAAGAUAAACCCCCAGCACACCAUUCCCACUCUGGUGGACAAUGGAUUCGUCAUCUGGGAGACCCGAGCAAUUGUGGUUUACCUGGUGGAGCAGUACGGGAAGAACGAUUCUCUAUACCCCAAGGAUCCCCAGAGGCAGGCUCGGAUCAACCAGCUAUUGUACUUUGAUAUGGGCACCCUGUACGAGGGCAUCGCCAAGUACUUCUUUCCACUGCUCCGCACUGGGAAGCCGGGAACUCAGGAGAGUUAUGAAAAACUCAUUGCUGCCUUUAAUCUUCUUAACACCUUCCUGGAGGGCCAGGAUUACGUAGCCGGAAGUCAGUUGUCCGUCGCUGACAUCGUUAUUUUGGCAACCGUUUCAACAACCGAAAUGGUUGACUUUGAUUUGGCGCAAUUCCCAAACGUGAACAGAUGGUACAAGAAUGCCCAAAAAGUAACACCCGGCUGGGACGAAAACUUAGAAAGAAUUCAAAAUGCUAAAAAGUUCUUGGCCGAAAACUUGAUAGAAAAGUUAUAA